GUUGAAAAAUGAUAGGUACGAAUGGGAAAUGCAAAUAGCAAGGCGCCGGAAGAGAAAAAGGUGUCAGAUGUGCAUGUACCCCCUCUUGCUGACCUACAUUCACAAGGGAGCCAAGGCCAUAAUGUUGACGGAAAUGUUGAUGAAUACAACCCAGCAAUCAUUCCCGUAGCUGACAAUGUUGACAAUUAUCAAAUGACUCCAGACUUGGAAGCACACAAGGAAACAGAUGGAACUGGCAUGACACGGUUAGAGCAGGACGAGCUUACAAACCUAACCAAACACCCUCUUUCUGAGAUAACAAUUGUUCAUCAGCCAGGGCAUGCGAGUUUACACAACCCAUCAUUCUGUAACCAUGAUGUUGCUUCGUUCCCUGGUCCGAGUACUCUCACAGAUAUUUGUGCCUGCGGCCUUGCAGGAAGUUCAUUUGACAAUAAUGUGCCUUCGUUCCCGGAUAGGAGUACUCUUGCAUCACUUUAUGCCACAGGUCACACAGAAGGCUCAAGAGCCAGAGAAUCUGCCCACAAUGAUGUGUGUCUUAAUGCCCUUGGUUGUGGUGGUUCAGAGCUUGUGACAUCGUCUACCCCAACAUGUGAUGUAUACCCAACUCAUUCCCAGACAACGUGUGCUGUUGUGAAUGACCAAGUGAGUUAUAGCAUAACAGACGACAAAAGGGAGCAGAGAAACGCACGACGGCGAGCAACUUAUCGAAAGAAAAAGGAUGAUCAGGUCAAGCUCCAAAAUGAAAAGCAGACUGUUUCCCGACCCCCUCUUGGUGAUAUCACUAAUAUUAAUCAGCCUUCCGGUUCAAUGCCAGCCAACCCAUCAAAUCGGAACUAUACAUCCCGACCCCCUCUUGGUGAUAUCACUAAUAUUGAUCAGCCUUCCGGUUCGAUGCCAGAAGAUGGGUCCGCAUCAGCCAUUGCUGAAUUCAAUCAUGAAAAAGAGUUGGCUAGGAGGCAACAUGCAAGAGACCGCAGUAGUAAUAUGGCAAACGAACCAAGGGAUCGAAGAAACGCACAGAGACGGGCAUCUUAUCGAAAGAAAAAGGAAGAGGGUACGAUCAACCUCCAAAACAAUAAUCAAGUGCAGCGUGAGCGACGAAAGGAACAACGAAACAACAGGACCCCUGAUGAGCAGGGGGAGUCAAGUGCGAAGAGAAAGGCAGACUAUGCUAGAAGGAAAAACACCCCGUGUGCUGAAUCGAUCGCAAUGCCACGUCCAGAUCUAACUAGCGCAUUGUCCAACUCUCCCUCUUUCAACACUCACGUCAAUUGUCCGACUCUCACACUUCGAACCAUCACGCAACAAUCCGGCAGUGAACAGAUAGAUCGUGAUACAACUAUCAAGUCGGCCCCCACAUACAUUCGCAACACCGAAACCGAUGGUGCAUACCUAAGCAGAACCUUAGGUGAUGGUGCUGUAGAUGGCGACCUCAUCGAAAUCAAUGAGCACCUACAAAGUGCCGACCUGCAAACCAGUGAUCCAGUAACAAUUGCGGAUAAUGGAUUUGACGAGCAGAGUCAUGAGUCCAGAGCUCGGCGUAGGACAAGAGAGCGAGCUUGCAAGGGAAGUAUGGCGGCGAUGAAGCGUCAGGAGAAAAUUGGCAAGCGAAAAACAUGUACGCAGGUGCCACGUGGUGAGAGGAAUGCUAUGCUAGAUCGUCGUAAUAAAAGGUUUGUAGGUAGGGUGAAUACCCCAACCGUCAGGUCCAUCUCCAUACCGAAAAUGAGCUCAACGGGACAACCUACCAUAGUUGAAGCACACAGUGCCUCAACAUCAUCUAGCACGCCGGAGUACACGAUCAGAAGUGAAGGUAACACGCCCAUCCUUACUCUCCUUGCGUCCCUUGAGACUGAACCCUCAUUUGUGUUGUUUGGCACCUGGGCAGACGACAUGGACUCUUACCUCAAUGGUCUCAUGAAUGAUGAUGUCAAUCCUGACGACCUCUUUGACGAUGAAUAUUACCUGUUUGCUGGUGAAGGCUCAGAUGCUGAUGACUUGGAGCACGACGAAUUGGAAGACUCAAGUCACGAAAACUAUGUCGACCAUGAUCCAUUUGACUAUGUGUACUCAAACCUGCCAGCCAACACACACAUCCUGAAGCACGCCGCGAACUGCGACCACUGCAAGGCCAAGAAGUUUGUGAGCGAGGCCCCAUGA